AUGGGAACUGAAGACCCGUCUGGCUUCCUGGGCCCCUUUUCUUUGAUUCCUGUUUUGAGGGCGGAUCUGCCCCUGCUCUACGGGCAGACAGCGGCCCUGCAGUGUCAGCCCUGUUCCCCGUGGGCCCGCAGAUGGUCAGGGCAGGCGUUUCAUGGAGACCCCUGGCCGCGUCGCCGGCGCGUGGGGUGCUCCGUGCCUGACGCGCGCUCUGCCCCGCAGACGCUGGACCUCGCCAACAACCAGCUGAGCGAGGUCCACGCGGAGCUGGCCGACUGCCCCAAGCUCAGGGAGCUCAACCUCCACGGGAACCAGCUGAAGGACAGGCGCCUGGAGAAGAUGCUGGGCAGCUGCCAGACCAAGUCCAUCCUGGAGUACCUGCGGGCGGGGGGCCGCGGCCGGGCCAAGGGCAGGGCCGACCCCGAGAAGGAAGAGAGCCGGCGCCAGAGGAGGGAGCGGAGGAAGAGGGAGGGCGAGGAGGAGGAGGUGGCCGAGGCCAGCCGGCUGCUGCUCCGCGUGCUGCACGUCUCAGAGAACCCGGCCCCGCUGACCAUCACGGCCGGCCCCGAGGUCAAGGGCGUGCGGCCGUUCCUCCUGGGGGCUGUCGUGAGGGGCAUGGACCUGCAGACGGGCAACGCACUCAAGCGCUUCCUCACGUCUCAGACGAAGCUGCACGAGGACCUCUGCGAGAAGCGGACGGCGGCCACCAUCGCGACACAUGAGCUGACCUGAGGUUUCACCCCCAAGAUCGUCCCCCUGGGGCGCAAGGAGAUCAAGGCCAAGGACCUGGUGCGGCAGCUGCAGGCGGAGGCGGAGGAGCACCGGAAGCAGAGGAAGAGGCAGACGGUCUCGGGCCUGCACAGAUACCUCCACCUGCUGGACGGGAAGGAGCAGUACCCCUGCCUCCUGGACACCGAUGGCGACGUCAUUUCCUUCCCUCCGAUAACCAACAGCGAGAAGACCAAGAUUAAGAAAACAACGUGCGAUUUGUUUCUGGAAGUGACAAGUGCGACAAGCCUGCAGGUCUGCAAGGACAUCAUGGACGCCCUCGUUCUGAAAAUGGCAGAAAUCAACAGAUACACCUUAGAAAACAAGGAGGAGGGCUCUGUCUCAGACACUGAAGCAGACGCCACUUCCGGACACCUCUUGGAGCCCGGCAGGCACCCCAGCCCUGAGCGAGACGGGAGCGCCCCCCUGGUGGUGGAGCAGGUGCGGGUGGUGGACGAGGAGGGGCACCUGAAGGUGGUGUACCCGUCCAAGACGGACCUGGACAUCGCCGCUGCCCACGUGACGGUCAUCCGCUGAGACGCCACCAGCACCUCCAGCCACCUGGACAGCUCUGCCCCCGUGGGGCUCAGGCGUGGGGGCACUGAGUUACUUGCUACCCUGCCCCCUGGGCGGUUUUGAAGCUGUCUGCAGUCUUUGUCCAGUUUGAAGACGUGCCACGCUGUCACGUGCUUACACUCUCCUGCCUCCAGCUUUCACUAAGGCUUUGGAUGACGUUACUCAGCGCACUGCACUGUGAGAACGCGCUGGGGUCAUGUGGGCACAGCCAGCUGCUUCCGGGAGACUCCGUGGACAUGGCGUUCCGUCCCAGGCAGA